GUUGGCGGUUUAGUCAGGCAUAAAAUUCUAGAAUAAGCAUGGAAAGGCGGUGAUUGGGUGAAAUAAUACUCCAUAAGCAAACCACGUACCGCUUUCACUCGCGGCCAAAAUGCUGCCCACGCCAGCAGCCCCCAUUCCUAUUUGAUUUUCAUUUCCUCCUCGAUCCAAUCACACCAAUUCCUAUUCUCCCGUAUUCUUCUACAACUCUAUUUCCCCCCAUUUCCAAAUUCUCUUUCUCUCUCCAAACCUCCAUCAAUGGCGACGGGACUCCUCCGCCGUAGCACCAAAACAUCCAUAUCAUCUACUCUUAACAGACUUCUCCUCUCUCGUCUCUACUCCACCGAUUCGGGAAAAUCAUCCACCAAAACAUUCUCUAUCUAUCGAUGGAAUCCCGACAAACCCUCUAAGCCCGAACUCCAAAACUACGAGAUCAAUCUCAAGGAAUGCGGUCCUAUGGUUCUUGAUGCACUCAUCAAGAUCAAGAAUGAAAUCGAUCCUUCACUCACCUUUCGCCGAUCUUGUCGUGAAGGAAUUUGUGGUUCUUGCGCAAUGAAUAUUAAUGGGUGUAAUGGACUUGCUUGUCUCACGAAGAUUGAAUCUAGUGGAAGUGCUACGAUGAUUACUCCGCUUCCUCAUAUGUUUGUUAUAAAGGAUUUGGUGGUGGAUAUGACUAAUUUUUAUAAUCAGUAUAAGAGUAUUGAGCCUUGGUUGAAGAGGAAGAAUCCUGCACCUGAAAAAGGGAAGGAGUAUUAUCAAAGUAAAGAAGAUAGGAAGAAGUUGGAUGGGAUGUAUGAGUGUAUUCUUUGCUCUUGUUGUAGUACUUCUUGCCCUAGUUAUUGGUGGAAUCCUGAGUCUUAUUUGGGUCCUGCUGCUUUGCUUCAUGCUCAUCGAUGGAUAGCUGAUAGUCGUGAUGAGUAUACUAAGGAGAGGCUAGAGGCAAUUAAUGAUGAAUUCAAGCUCUAUAGGUGUCAUACAAUUAUGAAUUGUACAGCUGCCUGCCCAAAGGGUUUGAGUCCUGCAAAGCAGAUCCAGCAGAUCAAGCGUCUCCAGCUUGCCUGAUGAUUACUUUUGAUUUUUGAUGUUUCGGAUUAGGUUCAAUUGCUUCGGUGCAUAAUGUAUUGAUGAAAAAUUUAAGUUGGAAUAUUGAUUUCCAACCAGCUUGAAUAUGCAGCAGGGAAAUAAUUUGUCUGAAACUGCGUUACUUGAUUUGUGAUGCUGCUUAUUUGUUCCUAAAACAUUUGGUUGCAGUGAAAAGUAUUUAAAUUGUCAAAGGUUUAUAUAAUAAAUUUAAGUUGUGAUU